GUGAUCAGUUGUGAGAGCAGUGUCAUCGAAGUAACAUUUUCGAGUCAAAGGCUUUGGAAGCGCGCAUUAAAAUAUGCAUUGCAGAAUCUAGUAAUUAAACUACUUCAAACAUAAAUAGUGAAAAAAUUGAUCGUCAUACUGAAAAAACAGGACUAUAAUUGAAACAUAACCUUAGUAGGAUAUAAAUAUACACUGAAUGUAAAAUGUCGAAUAAUGCCGCUAGUAACGAUGUAAGUUCGUCAGAUGAUAUUGCCACUGCUCAUAUAAGAAUGAUGGUCAGAAAUACAGAUACUAUAGAGAUGCCAAUAAUUGAAAGUAAUAAAAACAAUGAGGACUUGACCAACAAAACAACUACAAUCACAAUAUCCAGUCCACCGACAAUCAAACAAAUCACACAAAAACAGGUCGUUAAAUUGGAUAAUCUACCUGAACGUGGUUCGUGGUCAUCAAAACUAGACUUUAUACUUUCAGUUGUUGGCCUUGCUAUCGGAUUGGGGAAUGUAUGGCGUUUUCCAUAUUUGUGUUACAAAAAUGGUGGUGGUGCAUUUCUAAUUCCAUAUUUUAUGACACUGAUAUUGGCAGGUAUUCCUAUGUUUUUUAUGGAGCUUGCGUUAGGCCAAAUGUUAACAAUAGGUGGACUUGGAGUUUUCAAAAUUGCACCAAUUUUUAAAGGCAUUGGUUAUGCGGCAGCUGUGAUGUCAUGUUGGAUGAAUGUCUACUAUAUUGUAAUUUUAGCUUGGGCUGUAUUUUACUUCUUUAUGUCUAUGCGAGCCGAUGUUCCAUGGAGAACUUGUAAUAAUUACUGGAAUACUUUAAAUUGUGUAAAUCCAUACGAACGAAAGGAUUUAAUGUGUUGGGAGAAAUUUAUAAAUGGCACAACAAAAAAGAUUUGUUCCUUAGCGGCUACAAAUGUGUCUGCGUCUGACCUUACAGAUCCAGUUAAAGAGUUUUGGGAGUGA